AGUCCGUCAGCCUCCAAACGUCAUCGUUUGUGACGUCUGACCAGUAAGCUGAUCGUUUUUUCCCCAAAAUUCCAACCGGAAUUCGCCUAUAAACUCCCUCCAAUUUCUCUCCGACAGCAGAAUCUUUGUUUUUCGGUGAGAGAAAUUUUGUUCUGGUCAAUUUCCAUGGCGACGACGUCGUCUCGGAGUAUUGAAAUCACCGUCAUCUCAGGGGAGGAUUUAAGAAUCGAUCGGAAAAGUGUGAAGAGGAAGACAUUCGUUACUGUGAAAUUCGAUCGCCAGAGCAUCGGCGGCGGCGGCGGAAGAACGGAAAUUGAUGAGCGAGGCGGAUGUUAUCCGUUCUGGAAUGAGAAAAUGUUGAUGGAGAUUCCGGUGGAUGCAAUGUUUUUGACGAUCGAGGUGCAUUGUGGAUCUAUUUCCAGGAACAGGAUCGUCGGAACGGCGAACGUUCCGGUAUCGGAUUUUCUCGGACGAUGCUCUGCCGGUCAGACGGGAUUCUUCACUCGGCUUGGCAGGCUGCUCAAGGAGAAGGCCAAAAGCGAUGUCGAGAAGGUCUUCUUUGGCUUCUCAAAGACUCGUGACAACCUUUCUGUUAUCGAUGAGUUUCUUCUGUACUGGAACCUCGCGGAAAUCGACGGAGUUCUCGACGAACUCGAAGAGGUCCUUAUUUACGAGAAUGAACCUAAAUCCUAUACUCUUUCAGAACUGAAAUUUUGUAUGGCUCGAAUGUUUUGUAAUUUGGCUAUGCCGUUAUAUAUUGAUAAAGGCAUCAUUGGUGCCUGAUUUCAGGCAAAUGAUCGCACCAUUAAGAUCGUGGAGAGCUUGCGUGACCACAUCAGCAGGAAAGCUUUAAUCGAGUAGUGAAACAAAGCUUGAUGGAAGAGUUAAUAGCAUGUAAGAAAGCUGUUGGCAAAGUUAUUUCAUGGCUGCGAACCAUGAUAUUGGUUUGCAAUAAUAGAAGCACAGAAGUUGUCGCUGCCUGCCAUUCUUUUUGCUGAGCAUGUGGACAUGUAGAAUGCUGAAAAAAUGCAUGGUUUUCUUCUCGUGGUUAAUUGUCAAUGUGGGAUCUCACAAUUCACCCCUUUCGUGACCCAGCGUCCUCGCCAGCACACCGUCCAAUGUCCAUCUCCUUUGAGCCGUAAUGUCUUCGCUGGCAUACCACCGGUGUUGGACUCUGAUAUCAUAUGUAACAGUCAAAGUCCACCACUAGCAAUACGGUGUUGGACUCUGAUAUCAUAUGUAACAGUCAAAGUCCACCACUAGCAAUAUUGUUAUUUCUAGGCUUUUUCUUUCGGACUUCCCCUCAAGAAUUUUAAAAUGCAUUUAU